CUUAUACUACAUAUAAUAUUCACAACAUAUUAUUUAUUGGGUUAAUUGUAUGUUAUAUGCUAUCUUAUAUUUAGCCCAAAAAUUAGUGGUCCUAUGGAUAUUAAUUUAAGUGGGCUAAUAAGUUAUCUAAUAAGGUAUAGGGCCCAAAUGUGUAGAGACCCAUGGGCUUAACCUAAUUAAUGAUGGGCUGAUUAGGGUUAAGCAUUCUCUAUAAAUAGAGGGGUUAUGGUCCCUAGUUGAACACGCCAUUCCGUCUUUCUGCAUCCCAUCGCUAGAGAGAUAAUUCCCGAGGGUGUGUAUCAACUAGAAGAUCCAAACCCUAGCCUCCGUCUCCCGGAUCUCCAAAGAUCAUCUCCAAUGGAGUCAGUCAACAAUUCUGCUGCUACAAUAUCUGCUAAUAUUAAUAGCAUCCCUGUGCUUAACGGCACGAAUUUUAAGGAAUGGAAAGAGAACGUUAUGAUUGUUCUCGGUUGCAUGGAUCUAGACCUUGCACUCCGGACUGAGAAACCCGCCGCUCUUAAGGACUCAUCUACCCUUGAUGAAAAGAGGGGGAUGGAGAGGUGGGAACGCUCAAACCGCAUGAGUCUGAUGAUCAUGAAACGUGCAAUUCCAGAAUCAUUCAGGGGCACUAUGUCUGAUGAGGAUGAUGCCAAAUCGUUCCUUGCCGAACUUGAAAAGCGUUUUGCUAAAAACGAAAAGGCGGAAACUAGUACUCUUUUGAGCACUCUUGUUUCCAUGAAGUACAAAGGCAAAGGGAACAUAAGGGAGUACAUUUUGGAAAUGUCUCAUAUUGCUUCAAAACUAAGUGCACUUAAGCUCAUUUUGCCUGAGGAAUUGCUUGUGUAUUUAGUUUUGAUCUCUCUUCCUUCUCAAUUUAAUCAAUUUAAAGUCAGUUACAACUGCAUUAAGGAGAAAUGGUCUCUCAAUGAGCUCAUUUCUCAUUGUGUUCAAGAGGAAGAGAGAAUAAAGCAAGAUAAGACUGAAAGUGCUCAUUUGACAUCUACCUCUAAGGGCAGCAAGAAAAGGAAAUUUAAGGAAGCUGUAAAUUCAGGGCCUCAAAGAAAGCAUCAUAAGGAAACUAAGGAAGAAACUAAGGAAUCUGGAUGCUUCUUUUGCAAAGGGACUAAUCACAAGAAAAAGGACUGCACUAAGUACCACGCCUGGCGUGCGAAAAGGGGGUUGCCUGAGCUGCCGAAAACCAAUUGAUGGUGAAAGAUACAUCUAUGUCGGUGAUGGCAAGCGGGUUGAAGUUGAGGCUAUCGGUGUUUUUAGAUUAUUAUUAAAGACUGAUUUUUAUUUGGAUUUGAAAGAGACAUUUAUUGUACCGUCAUUUAGACGGAAUUUAAUUUCUAUUUCUGCAUUGGACAAAUUUGGUUAUUCUUGUUCAUUUGGAAAUAGUCAGUUCAGUCUAUUUCAAGAUUCAAAGCUUAUUGGUACCGGUCUUUUAUCAGUUUAUGAUAAUCUAUAUUCAC